AUCGCUGUGACCUCACUUAACACGUUUGAAUUGUCUCACACUGAUAUUUAUUGUCAUAUGGUUGAUUUUAGGCUAUAACCUGCAGGGACAGCAAAUAUGCAAAUUAGCUUAGCAACCUCUGUUGCUCUUAUAGUGAUGUGCUGUUCCUGCCACAAUAAAAUAAUAUUCAGAGUUUGGCUGAAAAUGACAUAACGUAUCUAAUAUCUUGACCUAAUACCAAAAACAUAAUGCAGUUUUAAUAAUACUUUAUCUAAUAUCGGUGUUUAUACACAAUGCAGCUCAAAGUGCUUUACAAACCCAAAAAUGCAAAAACAGGAAGAAUGCAAAAUACAAUGUAUCAUGAUGUUAAUUAGUCUUUUCCGUUAUGUGCGUCCAUGCAUUGGAUUGCAUCAUUUACAAUGACGCACUUCAUACACUUUUACUCGUUAACCAUCCUUUGUGAGUCCCAUAAGGACCAGUCAGGCCUACAGCACUUGCGUAAAGGAGAGAACACACGUGCACGCACACACGCACGGUGUCCGCUGCAGGCUGCAUCCCUCCUCUCUCCAGCAGCGCUGCAUCGCACUUGUGCAACACGGGCUUUCUGCAGCCGCAACACCAUCAGCCACGCGUGGAACGGCGCAUCGGCUCCCGGAUCGAUUCCCGUAUCGGAAACCGAUCCACAGCCGCAUGGUGACGUCACGCCGCUGAUCGGUAAUAGUUGCUGGGCGGGUUGGUGGGCGGGUGACUGGGUACCGCGCGGACGUCAGGGGCAGACGGGUGCAUUGGAACCUCACACCGGAUAAAAGGAAAGAAGAAGAAAAACAAUACACUAUAUAUUGCGCGAGGAGUGUGUGGACGCGGACGGGACUGGUUUGUUUUUGUUUAUUUUGUCGUGACGGCGCGUGGGAAAUGUAGUAGCUGUCACGGCCGCCUGCAGGAGGAGGAUGGAUGCGUAACAGGACGGAUUGAGCCAGCUGUGGCCUGCUUCUAACAGCAACAUCUGGCCGGGUCAGAGAGGGCGCCUCAGCAGCCAGCCUGCUCUGGACUAUCGCGGGGAGGUGGAGGAGAUGGAGGAGGGGGAAGGGCCCAUGGCGGUCAGAGAGGGGCCGAGCGGUCACGGCCUCCUGCCGAACGCCAGCAGCACCACCACCAACCUCCUGGCUUCUGUCAAAGAGCAGGAGCUUCAGUUUGAGCGGCUGACUCGGGAGCUGGAGGAGGAGCGGCAGAUUGUCGCGAGCCAGCUGGAGAGGUGCAUGCUGGGAGCUGAGUCGCCAGCGGGAGACAGUAGCAGCUCAUCUGAGAAGUCGUUUGCAUGGAGGUCUGCAGGUGGAGAGUCGCAGGGCGGAGUCUUGGAGGCGUCUGGACGUCACCUGGAGGCGGAGGAGGGACUCUUCAUGCCUGAACCGGACCGAGCCUCCCUGCAUGACAGUGAGGGCUCAGGAGGCCACUCGGCCCACAUGACCUCGUAUUCAGACAGCGGCUACCAGGACAGCAGUGUUAGUUAUUACAGCAACCAGAACGUGGUGCGUUCGGAGCCCCGGGCCUCGAUAUCGAGAAGCCCGAGAGCUGAGGGUCAAGCCUCUGGACAGGUGUCAGGCAGGGUGUUGCGGAGGAUGGCCUCCCUCCCCUCCAGGAGCCAGUCUCCCGGCGGUGGCACCGCCGGCACCGUCUCGCCCUCCCGGAUCUCCCUGCGAACAUCCCAGGGCAGCAACUACGAUUCCCCCAUCCUGUCGGAGCCCAAACCUCUAGCCGCCGUGUUCCCCGGCACCUCCAUGCCGCCCUCCUGCCCUUCGCCAAACUCCCCGACUGACGGCACGCAGGGUGGCCUGGUACUCGGAGGAGGAGGAGGUCUUGGUGGGCGUCUGGGCUCCACCCUGUCUCUGGUGGAGGGGAGGUGUUUGACGGGGUCACCGCUGCGUGCGGGCAUGACGGCGGUGCCGCAGCACUACGGCUCCACGCUGCCCAGGCAGAGCCAGCCGCUGGCCUACGGAGCGGAUCCAUACGGGCUGUACCAGAGGAGCGCACUGCCCCGACCCGACAGCCUCAUAGGGCUUCACAGCUCGUACGCCGGUCACUCGGGGCAGAUGGAUCCAGAGCUGAGGGCGGCGUUGUCUCCGGACUGCCUCAUGACGCCCGUUUUCGAUGAGCGCUCCUUCCACAGCCCGCUGUACCACAGCCCCACCCACGACCCCCAGGGCUCCCUCUACAGGACUACCACAGGUAUGGGGACCCUCCCUCGGACCACAAGCCAAUGCGGCACGCUGCCGUACCAAAGAAGCAGCUACGGGCUGAGCACCGCAGCUCUGUACGUCGACUCCUACAGGGUCUCCGGCGAGCCCAUUUUCUCCCACCGGCACUCUGGACUGGUGGACCGGGUGGCCACGCGCACGCCGUCCAUCGAGAGCAUCCACAAGGACCCCAGGGAGUUUGCUUGGCGUGACCCAGAGCUGCCGGAGGUCAUCCACAUGCUGCAGCAUCACUUCCCCUCCGUCCAGGCCAACGCCGCCGCCUACCUGCAGCACCUGUGCUACGGAGACAACAGGGUGAAGGUGGAGGUUUGUCACCUGGGAGGGAUCCAGCAUCUGGUGGACCUGCUGGAUCACAAGCUGACGGAGGUUCAGAAGAGCGCCUGUGGGGCCCUGAGGAACCUGGUGUACGGCAAGGCCACCGACAACAACAAGGUGGCACUGAGGAACUGCGGCGGCGUGCCGGCUCUGCUGCGCCUCCUCAGGAAAACAACCGACAACGAAGUCCGGGAGCUGGUCACUGGCGUCCUGUGGAACCUCUCCUCAUGCGAUGCGGUGAAGAUGACCAUCAUCCGUGACGCCCUGUCCACGCUGACCAACACGGUGGUCAUCCCCCACUCGGGCUGGAGCGUCUCCCACCGCGACGAACACAAAGUCAAGUUCCAGUCCUCCCUGCUGCUGCGUAACACCACCGGCUGUCUGAGGAACCUGAGCUCAGCAGGGGAGGAGGCGAGGAGUCAACUGCGCUGCUGUGAAGGCCUUGUGGACUCGCUGCUUCACGUCCUCAAAGCCUGCGUCAACACCUCCGACUACGACAGCAAGAUCGUGGAGAACAGCGUCUGCACCCUGAGGAACCUCUCGUACCGGCUGGAGGUGGAGAUGCCCUCCUCUCGUCUGCUCGGCAACCAGGAGCUGGACACCCUGCUGGGCUUCUCCUCCCAGGCCAAGGAGCUGGACUACCUCUGCUGGGGCAAGAGGAGGCGCGGCAGGAAGAGGGGCGGCUGGCCCGACGACAAGUGGGACGGCGUCGGGCCGAUGCCAGGUUUCUCCCAGUCUCUGAGGGGGGCGGAGCUGCUGUGGCACCCGAUAGUGGUGAAGCCGUACCUCAACCUGCUGGCCGAGAGCUCCAACCCCGCCACGCUUGAGGGCGCCGCUGGGUCGCUGCAAAACCUCUCUGCUGGAAACUGGAAGUUCUCUGCCUACAUCCGAGCAGCGGUGCGUAAAGAGAAAGGUCUGCCCAUCCUGGUGGAGCUGCUGAGGAUGGACAACGACCGGGUCGUCUGCUCCGUCGCCACCGCCCUCCGCAACAUGGCGCUGGACAGCCGCAACAAGGAGCUGAUAGGAAAGUACGCCAUGCGGGAUCUGGUGAACCGGCUGCCCGGCGGCACUCCUCCGGUGCUGUCGGACGAAACGGUGGCGUCGGUCUGCUGCACGCUGCACGAGGUCACCAGCCGCAACAUGGAGAACGCCAAAGCUUUGGCUGACAGCGGAGGCAUCGAGAAGCUGGUGGACAUCAGUAAAGGACGAGGGAAAGGGUACCAGAUGAAGGUUGUGAAGGCAGCAGCUCAGGUGUUAAACACGCUGUGGCAGUACAGAGAGCUGAGGAACCUCUACAAACAGGACGGCUGGAACUACACUCACUUCGUGACUCCCGUCUCCACUCUGGAGCGAGACCGCUACCUUUCACAGCCGACCCUGCCCACCAGCCCGCUGCAGAUGUCCCCCGUCAUCCAGUCAGGUGGUAGUGCAACGUCCUCGCCGGCGAUGCUCGGGAUACGAAGACACAGUUCUAACUAUCAGAGAGCGCAGUCAUCUAUGCAACUCGACACGUAUUAUGGCGACAACAGUUUACACAAACGGCAGUACACAGGGUCUGAGAAGAAAACUCCGUAUUUCAUUGGGACAUAUUCUUCCCAGUCGGGAGAGGAUUUGAGAAGGUCCCAGCACACAGAGCCAUUUUACGACGAACCCGACAGGAAGAACUACAACAGCUACAGAAUGUACCUGUCGUCCCCACAAGGCUACGGGGAGGAGCAGUACGAGGACGAACCGGUCCACCUGACCCCGUCCUCCCCCGACGGCUACGCCAGCCAGUCGCUCCAGUUUAAAGCCAACACCAACUACGUGGACUUCUACUCCACCACACGGACGCCUUCAAACAGGGCGAACAAGUUCACCGGCUCCCCCGACUCCUGGGUGUAAAAACAAUGUCGACACCGCGUAUGUUGAGCUUCUGUUUCUGUGGGUGUUUGUGUGUGUGGGGUGCAUAUUGGGUGGGUGCGCUGUGUGAAAGGGUGAGGAUGCAUGUGAAUGUGUUGAAACUGUACUGAAGGGAGCAGGGCUUGGUUUGUUUCGUGCAGCUUCUGAUCAAGUCUGACCAUGUGCACGAUAAUGCAGAUAAAUGAUGAACUAUUCCUUUACUUUGCAAACUCAACGACCAUGACAUGCUUUAUAUACGUUAGUGCUUAUGGCUCAUUUUAAAAACGGUCCGUUUCAGAUCACAAAACGUGGUGUGAAAGCCCCGUUAUGCAUCCAGACACAGUGUGCAACACAUGGGCAUCUCAUAGGAGCCCUCUAACUUGUCGAAAUGAAGUCCUGGGUUGGCCGUUGUUUACUUACAUCGUUGUGUUGUGGCCCUUUCUUGUGCAAUGAUUUAAUUGCAACCGACUGCAGAAUUAGCGUCGCCUAACUCCUGAUAACGGUCGAGACUGGAAAUACAGAUUCAUUUGCUGACUGUCUUAAAAAUUGUAACUACGACAGUGGUGUCGAUCCCUGAAACGUACGAUCUUAACGAGAGUGUGGAUGAUAAUAAUUGUAAUAAUGAUAAUAAACUUUAAUUACAUAGCACCUUUCAAAACAAAAAUCAAAUUUGGAAGAGUUUAAAAGUUAUACAACAUUGAGUAAAGGAGCUACAAAUGAAUAACAUCAUUGAUAUAAUAAAAGUUAACUGAAUGCAUUUGUAUGAAAAUAAGUGAAAUUCAGGCCACAAACCCGUCUUACUUAGCACUUAACUGCAGUUUAGAGCUUAGAACAAGUUUCUAUUCUGAUUUGUCACGAUGAAAAAUGUAAAGAUGCCAUAUAGGAAAUCUCCAAACGGAAACAUUUGGACUUUAUCUGCGUUACUGUGGACAUGGACUACUUUUCCGUGGGCUUAGUCAAAAGCUGCUCUUUGAGAGAAACCUGGUUCUGACCUUGUUGUUUACAGUGUUUGUGAAGGUCGGCUGAUUUCAUUUCUCUCUGCAGUAAAAAUGUGCAGUUUGUUUGUUAGCCAGCAGCAUCCUAAAUGUGAGAGAAAUAGGAACUCAUUGAAGCUGAUUCUGUAAAAAAAAAAAGAAGAAACACCUGGCAGAAAUACUAUUAAUAGGGAUAAAUAAAAGCAGCACUAUUUGAGUUUCCUGCUGCGAUAAAUAAAACAGAUUAUGCUCUAAAAAUACGAUAUUAUUUGACCCAGGUUUGGAGCAUCGUCACUAUUACCUUUAAAGACUCGGAGAACCGGGGUUACAUCUGUAACCGUUUGUUGGCCAAAAGUGCAGUAAUAUAAAGUACGUGAAUUAUGUGGAGAAAAAACCGUGAACAUCUAUUUGUACAGAUACAAUGGUUGAACCGUCCUGUUACAUUGUUGUAUUCAAUAUGUGGAACUUUAUGUGAUUGUGUGAAGAAGAUUUUUCUAUUAUUUAUUAUUUUUAUUAAUUUAACUUGUGACCUGACCAAAAUACAUCCGUCUGUUCUGUCCAAAACUGAUGAUGAUGAUGUGCAAUGUUACAGAGGGAAGUAUAUGUAUAGGGAUUAAAGAUUAUAUCAUGACAAAAUACCUGAAA